AUGUGGGGUGGAAUGAAGGUCUGGUGAUUGUUACUGCUCGUAUCCUUCAAGGAAUAUGGUCACACAAGAUGCUUUUAAUUGUGAAUGUUUGAAUAUUAGGACAAACAGUGGUUCUGACAAACUAUGGUCAAAAUAGUGGAGUUCAAAGAUACAUUAAUAAAUGUAGAACAGGAUGUAUUUAAAAAUAAAUAUGGAGAAUGAAAUCACAUGUUUCAAGACAAGAAUUUUAAACUGCUAUUAAAAAUAAUAACAUUUGUUUUAUCAAUGUAUAUUGUUUUGCAUUUAAAUUUGACAUCAGUUAGUGAUAUGAAUGUGUAAUAUAAAUUGAAAUUUUAAAAGCAGGAUGCAUCUUACGAGAGCAAAAUGGGAUCACGUGCAGGAAACUGCAGUCUCCAAACCACUAAAUACCUCUUUUACUUUCAGAAUUCCGGAGUGACCUCAGUGGUGAUCAGAAUAGUCACACAGCUACAUUUCAAACAUUUAAAUAUGUGUACACCCAGAUACAAGUAAAAAAAACGUACAUAACGGGGAAAUAACGCGAAGAGGAAGUACUUAACAACACGUCUAUUUAAUUUUAUAGGGCAUUUCCGGUUUCACAAACUUGUCAAAAAUUCGGAAAAUACAUCCAAACGUGAACAUUUUCACCUGAUGCACACAAGCUUCAUCAUUCGUAUGAAUUGUUUGUGGCAACAGAUGUGCUAAUAUACGAACAAUUUCGGAUUCAACUCUCUUGAAGAUGACUGAUGAAACUACAGUGUUAUAUGUUGAGUGUAAUGAGGAGACGGAGCUGAUCAGAGACUUGUUUAAAAACUACAACAAGAACAUCCGCCCGGUGACCAGACAUGAAGACAAGGUCCAGGUUCAGAUCAAGAUGACACUGACCAACCUCAUCUCUCUGAAUGAAAAAGAGGAAACCCUCACCACUAAUGUUUGGAUUGAAAUUCAAUGGGUAGAUUUCAGACUGAGCUGGAACACUACACAAUAUUACGGCAUCACCAUCAUCCGUGUGCCCUGCAAAACCGUCUGGCUCCCUGAUAUCGUCCUUGAAAACAACAUCGAUGGGAAAUUUGACGUGGCGUACUAUGCCAACGUCUUGAUUCAGUCUACUGGUGAGAUGUACUGGCUGCCUCCUGCCAUCUAUCGUAGCACGUGCUCCAUCGAGAUCACUUAUUUUCCAUUUGAUUACCAAAACUGCACACUGGCCUUCAGGUCUCAGACCUACAGCGCCAAUGAGGUGGACCUGAUUUUAGCGGUAGACGAAGGUACGAAGAUCGAAUGGGUGGACAUUGAUCCUGAAGCUUUCACAGAGAACGGCGAGUGGGCUAUCGUCCAUCGCCCUGCCAGGAAGGUCAUCAACCCACGGUACUCUCCAGAUGACCUAGAGUACCAGGAGAUAGUGUUCAACAUCAUCAUCCAGAGGAAACCUCUGUUCUACAUCAUCAACAUCAUCUUGCCCUGCUCCCUCAUCUCCUCCCUGGUCGUGCUGGCCUACUUCCUCCCUGCUCAAGCUGGUGGACAGAAGCUGACGGUGUCUAUCUCCGUCCUGCUGGCUCAGACUGUCUUCCUCUUCCUCAUUGCUCAGAAGAUUCCAGAGACCUCACUUUCUGUGCCUCUGAUUGGCAAGUACAUCAUCUUCGUCAUGUGUGUGACCACUCUCAUUGCCACCAACCAAAUCGUGGUGCUGAACUUCUCCCUGCGCAGCCCGAGCACUCACACCAUGUCCAACUCAGUCAAGCGGCUGUUUUUGGAGAUGGUGCCUCGCUUUCUCGGCAUGUCCCCUCUGGCUGAUGACAACGAGGUUACGACAGAGAUGAACGGCUUGAGAGAGAGGCGGCGGAGCUCUUUUGGGUUGAUGCAGAGGGCUGAAGAGUACGUGCUGAAGCAGCCACGAAGUGAGAUGAUGUUUGACAAGCAGAGGGAGAGACAUGGACUCACGAGAUCCAUCGUGGACAACAUGGACAUCAGCAGUACAGCAAACCUCUACAAGAGUUUAGCUCAAGCUGCUCCAGAGAUCAAACAGUGUGUGGACGCGUGCAACUUCAUCGCAGAGAGCACGAGACAACAGAACGACAUCGGCUCGGAGAUUGAGAACUGGGUUCUGAUCGGGAAGAUGAUCGACAAGGUGUGCUUCUGGGCCGCUAUACUGCUCUUCAUCAUCGGCACUGUUUCCAUCUUCCUCACAGGACACUACAACAAGGCUCCGGAGUGGCCCUUCCCUGGAGAGCACAACAAAUAUGCACCCAGUUAAAUGGCUGCACGUUUGAAAUCUGUUUUCCAAGCGCUGCAGGUCCUGCGGCGGACACGUAUGAGGCCAAGUCACUGACUCACUGCCUCUGGCGUUUCACACGAACCGUCGGGUGUGAACAGCUGAUGGUGUUCAGCAGAAGUCAGAUUUGUUCUUUGGUCGUAGCCUGUUUAAAAGCUUAGAAAUAUCAACAAAUGUCAAACCUUUUUCACUUGACUGAAAUGACAUAGUGGUGAAUUUUCCCCACAAUCGGUCUGACUAUGAAUUACUUCAGUUUGUGACAGGAAAAUACAGGAAUAUUUUUGAAUCUCAUUUGAUUUAAAAAUAGAGCUUUUCUGUAAUGUCAUUCUGUAAAAAUGACUUUCUAUAUGACUAUUUUUUACCGCAUGUGAAAAGGGUGAGUGCAAUAUUAUGAAUAUAUAUAUUUUUUAAUUAUUUUGUGUGAUGUUCAUGUCAGAAUGAUAGAAAUAUAUUAUAAACUUUUUAUAAUACUUAUACAGUGAUUGACUUAAAUAAUACACAGGCGUAAAAAGUUUUCUUAUAAAAUACAUUCAUUCAUUUCCAGAUUAAAUGAUUAUUUAAACAAGGUUAUGAAGAUGUUUUUUAUAUUUAGCACACAAAGCUCGCCAUCAACAGAUCUGCAUAUGACGUCAGAAGUCUACAGGCCUCCUGCAUGCAAUGUCUUAUUAUUAAUAUGCACGCAACUUAAGUCAGGCGAUGGAAUUGAA